AUGAGACAUAAUAACCAUGGUAAGUGUAUCUCUGAUACAAAAACAACAGUUCUUAAAAAAGGGCAGUGACCAAAUUAUAGUGGUAUUGAUUUUAUAACUUUUGGUGUGACCUAUGGAAAUCAUAAAUGCCUUCCAUAGAACCCUUCACAGUUGUAAUGACAUGGGUAACUGGGACAAGAUGGUGCGAAAAUCAAAAGUUUGUAUGGGAGAACAAAGUCAACUAAAUCUAAUUGUUGCUAAUAUGAAUUGAAUAUAUAUUUUGUCACUUUCCCUUUGAAAAAUGUGACUAAUGAACUUAAAGAAACUACACACUAAAUCUGGAGUGCAUAGCAAUCAUUUCUUGCUUCUUAGAAAACCUGAGUUCUUCCAUACAUUUUCUGUAAUCCUACAACACAAAAAUUACCCAUGAUGUAUGGAAGAAGUCAAAUUUUCUAAAAAUCAUCAAAGGACUGCUGUGCCCUCCACAUUUAGUGUAUAUAGUUCCUUUUAGUUCAUUAGUUAAAGUCUGCAAAUAGAAAGUGACAAAUAUAUUCAAUUAGGAAGAAUUAGUUGACUUUGAAUUCCCAUACAAACUUUUGACUUCCCCAUCAUCUUGUCCUGAUUACCCAGCAUGCCCUCACAACUGUGAAGGGGUCUAUUAUAGCAAGGUACCCUGUUAUUAGAGGUGCUGCCGUAUGUAUAAUAGAGGUAGGGAUAGUAUGGAAUUCUUCAUGUUCAUCAACAGCACUGUCCACAGGGGUGGAUUCAGAGCAUUAAGAAAGAGGGGUGUGGACACUAGACACUAUAAAUUUUACUGAGAAUUCGUCAAGAAUGAUGGAAACUUUUGCCGAAAAAGGUUUGCCACAGUCCCCUUAGACGGCCCCUAAAUCUGUCUAUGAGUCCAUAAUAGAGAGGUAAAGAGUGCAGAGAUUGUUUGGAGAACCAUUACGACAAAACCCUGUCUUAUUAUAGGGCCAAAAAGAGUUAGGGAUUCAGUGUCUGAUCUUGAGCGCACCAUUGCGGGAUUGCCGCUCUUUGAGCAAAGAUGUCCCCUUCAAAAACCUGUUCUGGGUCAUUUUGGCACACUUCAAAUUGUGUUUCAAAAGAAAAAGAAACAAAAAAUGUGAUUCCUCCUCAUGCAAAAUUGUUUUAAAACAAUAUUUUGAUUUAAAUUUUAGAAGAUUAAAAGUAAAGCAAGAAACAAAAUUCCGAGAAUAUGACAUUGUUGGUAACAUAUUCACCUCGUACAUCAGAUUUUAAAAAAAAAUUACCCCCAAAAAAGCAAAAUGUCCCUCGAAAUAUUGUUGACUGGGACACGUUGCCCCCUUAGCUGAAAAUCCUAGAUCAGACAUAGGGGAUUGUGUGAAAUUUGGUAUCUUUAGGACCAAGAGAACUGUCCAGAGAAAAGGUUUCGUUGUUAUUCAUAGAUAUGUCUUUAAGGAGACAUUCAAGCGUCUUAUAAUAUCCUGAUUUGUAUUGUCAUCCAUUGGGUUGUCCCAGAAAACGUCCUGACCAUGUCCCACCAGUAGUCUUCCCCUUCAAGCCACAUUAUCCACUCACAAAUUCUCAAGACUGAUCUCUUUACAUUUCCUUGAAGAAUGAGUUGAGAGAAUCUGAUAAAAGAUCAAAGCAUUUUCCCUUUGGUCAUUAUUUUAUUAAUUCUUAUAACCUUUUUUCUUAUAUGUGAUACAUAUCAAAUAUUGUUAGGAUAAAAUUGAUUUUGGUCACUCUUGGGACUUAAAAGGGCUAAAAAUGUUGGCGUUUUAUGGAGUUGCUGUGAGCCUAUCGUACCCUCAACCUUCAAAGGUUGUAUUGGCAUUAGCAACUACAUCUACCACUCUCUUGUCUUUUGGUAUGGUAAUAAGCCUUGAUUUUGAUCAACAAGCAGUGCCGUAGCAAGAUUAGGGGGGCCAAUUAUGAGUGCCGAAGGUACAAGCUGUUAGGGGGGUCCGGGUGUGUGCUUCCCCGGAAGAUUUUGAACUGUAGGGUCUCUGAAAUAGCAUUUUCAGCCUUCGGAGAGCGUCAAUUUCCAGCAAUUUUUCUUUGUUGAAGCCAUAAAUAAAUAAUUUUGAUGCUUUAUCGAACCAAAAUGAACACAUUGAACCAAAGAGCAGCGUGAAGAGCAUGGCCCCUGACCAAAUUAAACAUGCCAGUGAAAAUUAUUGUGGGGGCUUCCUCAUGCUAAAGCACUGACAACUGUUUUCUCAACACUGUAUUAUGUAGAUUUCUUUUGAUAUUAAUGAAGAUAUUGAUAUUAUUGUUGUAUUUUUUUAGUGAGCAAAGUUAGUGAAUUUUGUUUUUGUCUUUCCAAAUUAGCUUUGUCAUCAAGGAUUAUAAAGAGACUGUUUUCUGGAUGUGUCACACGGUAAGAACAUGACAGAUGUAGCUCAGCUUUAGUAGGUCAUUGAGUUGUUUGAAGUUCAGAUAACUUUAAUCCCAGGUUAAGUGCAUACAGACCUAUUUGACUUUGUUGUGCCCUAAUGUGCUGAGGUAUUUUGUGUGCAUUGGUGAUCCUGGAAGCUAUACCAGUUGGAAUCUCAAUCCUUCACCGGUUCAACCAUGCUGGGCAGGUCUCAAGUGAAAGGCCAAACGAAUUGCAACACCUGGCCUUCCAGGUUCAGGGUUGGGCGAUGGGUUAGUGUUCAAUCCCCAUAAAGAGAGUAUGGUAACUGAAACCAGACACACUUUUCAAGAUGGCCAAUAUUGACCAAGAUACAAACAUUCAAAAUAUAGUACUUAAAACUUUACAAAAAAUGUAUGGAUUGUCAGACGUUUUAAUAUGCGGAUGUCCAUAUAAAAUUCUUUCUUAUGAAAUUUUGGAGUUCUCAGGAUGAAAAAAUAAGAGACUUCUCACAGUCUAAUAGCUAGCGGGAUUGUUAUGCGCAGAGCACUUUCUUGGCAGCAAAGCCAUAAGGGAUUUUCGCCUCAAUUUGACUUACUCUUACAGGGUUCUCACUAAGUGCCGGAAACCAGCUGAAAACCAGCUAGUUUCAGGUCUGAGCUGUCUACCAUUGAGGGAAAAUGGGUUAAGUAAGGGAGUGACAGCCUCAAAUUGCCUUCAGCGCUCGAUUGCCAAGCCGCCAAAGUUUACAUUCUGGCUGUCUUCUUUAAGCUUAAUGUCUUAAUCUUCUUGUGCCUGACCGCUUCCAAAAAAACAACAACUCUCAUCGGCAAAUUUGGCAGCUACACAGCCUAGCAAUGCUGCCUAGGAAAGCAUGACCCAGAAUACCUGUUUUCUUACAUUAAUUUAUUUUCUGCCUUUGAUCAUGCAGAGGCCCAACGUAUAUUGAUGGAAAGAUGUCAUAUCCAGACUUUGUAUGGUUUCUUCUCUCAGAAGAGGACAAGAAACAUCCAAGAAGGUAUGAUCUUCUAAAACGACUCUACUCUACAAUGACGUUUACACUCAUUAAAACCUAUUUAUUCUUAAUCUUACUAUUUCUCUCUCUCUCUUUUUCUUCCUUUUAAGUAUUGAGUACUGGUUCCGCUGUAUGGAUGUGGACGGUGAUGGUGUCCUGUCGAUGUACGAGUUGGAAUAUUUUUACACCGAGCAGGUAUCCAAGAUGGAUGCCCUCGGUAUAGAGACAAUGGUGUUUCAAGAUUGCCUCUGUCAGGUAUGGGUAUUAAUAGUUUGAGCCAUUCAAUUUUAAAGUCACCUCCCCCCCACGAAAAAAAAACUAAAAAAAUGCCUUUCACUCUAACAUUAUCAUUACACUCUUAUUGCGCUUAUGUGGAGAAAUUGUUUAACAAUCAAAUCUUUUUACACCCUUUGAGCACAACUCAGCAGUGGAAGCUAGUGGAAACAUGAGAGACAUGAGACAUUGCCGCGUUGAUUAGUUUGAUUUUCGUUUUCGAAUUGCCAUUACAGGCCCCCCACCUAUCACCCCCAAACAAACCCCCCCCCCUCCCCCCACUUUUCCCCACAGUCGUAGCCAGAAAGCAAGCUCUCCAUUUGGGGGAAUCACGAGAAGAUACGUGGGGGAAGUACGCUAAACGAGACGCUCGCUCGCGCGCUCUCUUCGUUCGUCAUAAACGCAGUGCUUUCUUACAGGCUACCACUGCCACGGAUCUAAUAAACUGGUGUCCAAGCCUCUGUAACCUGAGGUCAUUUUGAAAAUAUCUACCUCUGUUUUCUUCUAUUUCUUUUUAGAUGUUGGACAUGGUUAAGCCAAAAGUUCCAGGUACUAUUUCUUAUUUGCUUAGUUCAACAUGUGGUCGAUGCGGUCUCUGCGAACUUUUGUGGAAUAAAAACUAAAGAAACGAAAAGUGAAUAAUGUUAGAGUAGGCUUUUCCGUAAAAAAAUAAUUAUUUAUUAUUCGAUUUCCUCAGUUUCCUUUUUAGUAUUUCUCAGCAAUAACCAAAGUCCAUACAAGUUGCGGCAAGUGUACUAAAUUUAGAGCUGAGGAUAGCAUUCGGUCAUCAGACAAUGUUCGACGAAAUCCUUUUUGCAGUCGCGCAUAAUAACUCAGACAAGGGACUUUCAGUACCUCGAUACACUAUUCAAAAUUGCGACGCUGCAAAUUGCAGUCUUCUGUCCUUUCACACACAGUAAUUUUCAAGGAGUUAUAAUAACUCCUCUAGUGGGGUUAAUUUUACUCCUUACAGUGGAGUUAUUCUGUAGGGUGUUAUUUUAACUCCAAAAAGGAGUUUAUAGAACUAUUUUCCAGGAGUAAAAAUGACCCCAGAUAUCGAGGAGUUAUCCUGUACCUAAAAUUUUUACUCCACUUUCAGAGUUAAAUUAACUCCAAAAAGAGUAAAAGCAACCCAUGUAAGGAGUAAAAAUCACCCCAUUUUCGGAGUUAUGUUAACUCCAGACUGGGAGUAAAAAGAACUCCUUUUCAGGAGUAAAAAUGACCCCAAAUUUGGAGUUAAAUUAGGAGAUAAAGUAACCCUAAAAAAGGAGUUAUCCUGUACCUAAAAUUUUUACUCUAUUUUUGGAGUUAUAAUAACUCCCUAAAAAUUACUAUGCAACCAGGAUUAUUUACUUUACUAGGUCGUACUUCCCUAGGACUGUCAGGGCUUGGAAUAAUCUCCCUCCUUCUAUUUUGCAUGCUGCUAGUGCUCAAAAGUUUGAAAGUUUUCUACAUGCUCACUCACUAUAAAGACCAGGCUAAGUUUCUAUGGGCCGUUAUAGUUACACCUGUGGCACAUUCUUAUUGCGCACACCCUUUUUAUUCCAUCGUACGAUUUUAGCAUAUUUGUCUUAUAGUUUUAGACAUUGUAGGGGUUAAAAGUCAGUUUGGGUUCCCGCCCUGUCUUCAUCUCGUGUCAGCUUGCUGUUGUUUGUAUCUAUGUAAUUUCUUUUUUGACAAAUAUAAAUGAUUUAAACUAAACUAAACUAAACUUCCCGCAUUGUCUUUUUGCAUCCGUUUAUAAAUGGGUAUUUUAUCGCUGUGUUGUUUCCACACUUAGACUGAAGAAAAUGUCAACCCUUUCAUUAGUCAUUUUUGUUUAAUCUGUUAUCUUGUGUGUUUUUAUUUCUUUUAAAGGUUGUAUAAAAUUAAGCGAUUUAAAGAACUGCAAGAUGGCGUACAUUUUCUUCAAUACGUUUUUCAACCUGGAUAAAUACCUGGAAUAUGAGCAGAGAGAUCCGUUUGCUGCAGCUAGGGUAUGAAAUAAUACCACUUUGUGACCCAUUGUCCUAAUCUGGAAUUAGUAUAGGUCAUAGCAUGAUUUGUAGUGAUAUUUGGCAUAAAUACCACGAGUGAUAUUUCGAAACUGUUAUACGUAAUUUCACGAACCGUUUGGCGAGUGAAAUUUGAGACAAUUUUGAAAUAUCACGAGUGGUAUUUAUGCCAAAUAUCACGUACAAAUCAUGCUAUUAUUUGUUUAUACUACUGCCCGCAAUAGUUUUGUAAUUUUCACAUGUAGGUAUUUCAAAUUAAGCUGAAAUACCACUGCUCUAAGCCAAUCAUAUUGCAGAAAUUUCUCAUGUAGUAGUUAUUCUUUCUCCUUUGAGGAAUAACGUGAUACGUAGUCUGAAUAAUGCUCAGAAAAAAAAUUUCCGAAAGAAUGGAGAUUUCUCUGCAAUGGAGUUGCCCUGAGGACCAGUAUGUCUGAGCAAGUGUAGCCUGCGAAUGCAGCCGUCUCUCUUCAUCCCUCGCCGCAAAACGCCUCUAGCUGUGGACAAGAGACGGCUUUCGUUGUUAUUUGAUGUUUUCCUGAAAAUAGAUUUUUUAUGGCGGGNCAGAUUGGGAAAGAUACGCACAGGAGGAAUAUGAUUUGUUAGUAGCUGAGGAGGGGGCCAAUGAGCAAACGGAAGGGUAAGAUGGCAAAAAAUACGCGGAAAAAUCUCCUCUAGUGUAAAAUUAACCUUAGUUUCUCUUGCUAGCAGUUUUAAUCAGAAAGAAAUAACCUGAGUAAAAAACGCCUGGGUAAAAACCGCAACUGACAGGAGGCGAAAAGCUGUUUGCAUUUAUGGCCGAGGAGUUGAGCUCGGGACUGCCGAGAAAGAACUCGAUCUGGUGGUGCAAAAAGAACUCGAACCACAGGCAGACCACAAUCUGUUCGUGUGGCACUUGUUGUUAUUGAAAUCUGGGAUUGUACAGCGCGGGACUAGGCAUGCCCCGAUUGCACUGGGCACUCUUUCGAAUUUGGAGCACUAUUUUACAUUUCCAGCACUCUUGAGCGCUUUCUUGACUUGUGAGCAGAAUUUGAGAAUUUUGCGCUUUUUGGGCAACAUUUAAGCACUUUUUUACAAUUUUCCAAUAUUUUGUCUUCGAAACGUUUUUAGUGAGCCGAGUAAUUCUGUUAUCAUGAAUUUGAAUAAUUUCCCCUAGUCGCCCAACUGUUGUCAUGAAAAUGUGCAAUUAUCCUUUUAACCGUUGGAGCAGUUGAUCUUGAAAAAAAAAGGCAUUGGUGUUUCACUUCUUGUGUGGUCACCUAUUAGAAAAUCGAGCGUUAAGAAAUAACAGUAAGGAUAUGUAUGAACAUCUGCUAGUAAAUAAUUAAAAACUGCGAGCAACUCUCGAGCAUUACUUCGAAAUUUCAAGCACCUUUUCAAAAAUUCGAGCACUAUUUGAGCAUUUUUUUUUGCCACGUUUUGAGCACUUUUUGGCAAAUUUUCCAGCGCAAUCGGGACAUGCUUACUGGGGUCGCCAAAAAAUGUACAUAUGACAAAUGACAAAGUUAACAUUUCGCUUGAACUUUAAUUGAAACGUUUAGGUUCAAAUCUGUAUUUUUGUGUGAAUUGUAGCCGCCGAAAUGUUCAUCUGCAUGCCCUCUUCUGGGUGCAAACGAUGGAUGCUCAGAUUUCAAUGAGAGGGUGAUCUGCCGGUGCUCGAACUCGGGAUCACGGGAUUGCGAGUCCUAAGGAUGCGCGCACCACUCCUAAAUCACAUGAUCAUGUACUCGUGGGAAGCACGUGUUGUGUAGGGUGUCGUCUAACUGAAUUAUUUAGCCUUUUUGGUUCAAAUCGGUACAGGCAAACCCAGCGUGGUGAAUCGAUAUCCAUUCAUCGAUUAAUAUCGACAAGAUUGCAACAUUUACUACGUUUGAUUUUUAUCGAUUGUGUUCGGUUGUUUUUCUUGUUGAUCGUUACAACUCAACAACUUUCGGGAGUGAUCAGCUUGCACGCUCUGAGACAUAGAUAGCGAUCGAUGGAAUAAACAAAAUUGCACAUAUGACUCGGUAUCAAGACAUUUGGCCAGUACCAAUAGAUUUCAAUAAACUAUCACCCAUCCAUAAGUAUCGACUAAUCGGCAAAUUUCCGAUUACCGAUUUUCAUCGAUUAACAAUGCCGGGACAAAUCAUGCAAUUUAGACUAUAACAAUUUUUGUUUCUGAUUCGUAGUCUGUACGAGGAUGAUUUCGAUGAAGACGAAGACCUUGCCGAGGACGACAUAAUGGCUUUAAAAGGUCUCGAUAACGAUGAAGACAAUGCUAACAACAGCAAACCAUGGACAAUGGUGACAGGGAUUGAUGAUGAUGAUGAUGAUGACGAUGAUAAUGAUGACGACUUCUACUGAAGGAAAGUUCUCGCUAAGCCGUUUUUAACGUGCCGUUAUACGUGGGUUAAGUUGCUGUUGCCUUCCUGCCUUGGAAAUGAGUGGUGUGGUGGUACCCACAGACCAGGGGCCUAGGAUGAUCACGUGACGUUCACGUUGGAUUUGUGCCAAUUGUGUUUCGAUUAGUAACCAAAAGGAGCGUUUCCUUUGUAACUGAGAGCGGUUUUAGUAAAAUACACUUUCGCCCUAUUAGCCAUAGACAGUCUAUGAGUUUUAAACGUAAAAAAGGAUAAUAGGGUAGUGAAAGAGAAGGUACAUAGAUACGUAACACCGUGUGAUAAACAAACGAUGGCAUUCGUAGUCUGUAAAAGACAAGUCAGAAUAAUUUAAGAAAAAUCGCCAAUUUCAUUUUGUAAAAUCUCAAGAAACUUAUAGUACCAAGCGAAAGUUUCGUCGAAAAACUUUUAUUUGAAUGGCCGUAUCAUACUACCUCGUUCAGAGGCUUCCAACUUAAAAGAAUCUUCUACAUCUCCUUAAUGAACUCUGAAAGUGAUCGGUAAAAAAGAAGCAAAAAAAUAAAAAUGUCUUAAGAGC